CAGCGCGUGCUCGGUCGCCCUCCGCUCCCCGUCCAGCGCACUCCGCUCCGGUCAGGCCCGGCCACCUGCCGCCCGGUCACUUUCUGACUCUCUCCGGCCUAGCCCGUCAGGUCUUGGAGUGCUCAUUAGCGUCUCCCAGAACUUUCCGGGGAGCGCGCGGAGGCCGCUCCCGGCCGGGCGGUAAUUAAUGGAUGGCUGGGAGUUGAUGUAUAAAUAUACAUUCAGAAAUGUUUUGCCACCUGAGACCUGUGAGAAGGUUAUGUCUAGAGAAGAUAUUUCCACACAGGUGUCUCUACUCAAGAGCUUUAUCGGGAGCUGAAGCGGUCAAUGCCUUGAGGCCAUUCUAUUUUGCAGUACAUCCAGAUUUCUUUGGACAACACCCCAGAGAGAGGGAAGUCAAUGAAAAUUCUCUUAAGAGAUUAAGUGUCUACUUAGAAAAUCUCCAGAAGCCAGGCUUCAAGUCUUUGAAACCAACUCAGCUUACAUUUUAUGUAAGAGAAACAGAGCAGAACGCCUCUGAAAGCCAGGAACCCUUUAGCACAUCCGGAUUUCGAGCAGUCAAAUUUACUUUGCACACCAGAGAUCUGCUAAGCACAGUAUUAUAUAUUCUCAACUCCUGCAGUUUGUCUGUUGAGCAUAUCCAAAGCUUGAAUUCUAAUGUGUACUCUCAGCGUCUCAAAGAGACUAAAAGGCUGGCUGACAGGCCCAUCAAGUGGGACAAGUCUUAUUACUACUUCACUGGAUUCAAGGACCCUCAUGAAGACCUUGAACAAGUCUCAAGAAUGGAAACAACCCUCACCUUCCAGACUGCUCACAUAGACUUCCUGAGAAACCUGUGCUUGGCCCUCUUCCCUGUGGCCACUCCUUCUUACGUAGCACUCGGUACAAGGAAUCCUGGGUCUUGUGCUGUUUCCUUGCACCCCCGCUGGAGAGCAGGGCCUCCUCUCAUAAUCUACAGCCCAGGUGCCCAGUUCAGCGCUGAACUUUUUGAAAGAUUGCCAAGUUAUUUUGACCUUCAGAGGAGGCUGAUGCUCUUAGAAGACCAAAUAAGCUAUCUUCUGGGCGGCAUACAAGUGGUUUAUAUCGAAGAAUUGCAGCCAGUUUUGACACUUGAAGAGUAUUAUUCUCUUCUUGAUGUGUUCUAUAAUCGACUGUUGAAAAAUAGAAUACCCUUUCACCCUCGAAGUCUACGUGGUUUACAAAUGAUCCUUAACAGUGACAGAUACACUCCAAGCUUGCAUGAACUCGGGCACUUUAACAUCCCAAGCCUCUGUGAUCCAGCAAACCUCCAGUGGUUUAUUCUAACCAAAGCCCAGCAGGCAAGAGACAACAUGAAAAGAAAAGAAGAGCUAAAGGUUAUUGAAAAUGAAUUGAUAGAGGCUUCAACGAAGAAAUUUUCUCUGGAAAAGUUUUAUAAGGAGCCCAGCGUUUCUACUAUACAAAUGGUGGAUUGUUGUAAGAGACUUCUAGAACAGUCGCUGCCGUACCUCCGAGGGAUGCACCUGUGUAUCUCACAUUUUUAUUCUGUCAUGCAAGACGGAGAUGUUUGUAUUCCUUGGAACUGGAAGGAUGGGGAAGCCGUUAAGUAACACAGAAAUCUGCAUUAUUUUUUGAAGAGCAAGAGACCGUUAAACUUAUUUAAAUCCACAUUUAAUAUAUAACAGUAUUAUUUACAUACUAUAAGAACAAAGUUUCUAACUACUGCUCUAAAAGUAGACCUUUUGGGGCGCCUGGGUGGCUCAGUCGGUUAAGUGUCUGGCUUCGGCUCAGGUCAUGAUCUCACGGUUC